AGAGGGCUCCAAGCGAUGGCGUCUAUACGAUGCACUGGUGGAGCAACCGCGUCCGGACAUGCAAUUCAAGCCGAGCCUACACGACAUCGGAGAGCCAUACAUUGACUUCGUCCUCGAGCCUGGGGAUUUGCUCUACCUGCCCUCUGGAACGAUCCAUGAGGCGCUCAAUGAGAAUGACGGGGGCCUGGAAAACUCGUCGCUUCAUUUGACAGUAGGGAUUGAAACUACGGUGUUGGGCUCAUGGGAAUCUUUGCUCUUGGAAGUGUUGACAGUGUUGAGUGGGGGAAGUGCGGAAGACAGAGACGUUCAUUCCGCAUGGUCAAAUGUGUCGGCUCUGCAGUGUUCCAGGGGACCAGCUGGCGA